AUGGCGAAUGAGAUAUGGAUUGUUCCAUUUUUUGGGCAGGGACAUCUAUUCCCUCUAAUGGAGCUCUGCAAGCAAAUAGCCUCCCGAGACUUCAAAUCCGUUUUCGUUAUUUCUUCCAACUUCUCCUCCUCCGUCCCCUCUUCCCUCCGCCAACACCCGCUUGUCCAAAUCGCCGAAAUCCCUGAAUCAAUCCCAUCGUCUGAUCCUUCAACGCCGCCUCAGCCAACUCCUCCGCCGCUCCACCGCCACCACGAUCAACACAACCAGAUGGCUCUCGGUCUUGAGAAACUCCUCUCGACCCGAUGCCAGGGUUCGGAUUCUGCGCCCCCCGUAUGUGCCGUGCUUGACGUCAUGAUGGGCUGGACUGCCGAAGUUUUUAAGAAAUUUGAAAUUCCAACCGUAGCUUUCUUCACCUCUGGUGCUUGCUCUGCCGCCAUGGAGUAUGCCAUGUGGAAGGCUCAGCCCUUGGAUAUCAAAUCCGACGAGACCCGUUUGCUCCCCGGGUUACCCGAGGAAAUGGCUCUCACUCUAUCUGAUGUUAAACGACAGUCUCGCGGACCACCGCCACACGGUCAUGGUGGCGGCCCACCAACAGGGCCAGGUGCAGGUUUUCCUCCGCCACCCGGUCAUGGUGGCGGCUCACUAACAGGGUCAGCUGCCGGUUUUCCUCCGCCACCCAGCCAAGGUGUAGGUGGCUUUCCUCCAUUUGGCCCAAAUGCAGGUAUGCCUCUGCCGGGCCAAGAUGCAGUUGGUUUUCCUCCAUUUGGACCGGGGCACGGUAUGCCUCCACCCGACGCGCCUCUUAAUGGACCUGGGCCGGGGAGAAGGGGCCCACCGCAACCAGGAGGUAAACCACCGUGGACAGAAGAUGCUGACCGAUCUAUUGCGGUGAUGAUCAAUACGUGUGAUGAUCUGGAGCGUCCAUUCCUUAAGUACAUUGCGGAGCAAAUUGGAAAACCGGUCUGGGGAGUUGGCCCGCUUUUGCCCGAACAAUACUGGAAAUCGGCCGGUUCAAUUCUCCACGACCGCGAGUUCCGAACCAGCACCCGACGGUCAAACAUCACCGAAGACGAGGUGGUCGAGUGGCUAGACUCGAAGCCGCCCGGAUCAGUACUUUACGUGUCAUUCGGCAGCGAGGUGGGACCUACAGUGGAGGAGUACAAAGUAUUGGCUGAGGCAUUGGAAUCAUCCACCCAGCCCUUCAUAUGGGUGGUGCAAUCCGGUUCGGGCAGACCGCCGGGUCCUCCGCGGGCCGGUUCGGAAGGUGAAGAGGGAUACUAUCCACACGAAAUGGAGGCUCGAGUCGGGAAAAGAGGUUUGAUAAUACACGGAUGGGCCCCACAGCUGUUGAUCCUGAGCCAUCCAUCAACGGGUGGAUUUUUAUCACACUGUGGAUGGAAUUCAACGGUGGAGGCAAUUGGACGUGGGGUCCCGAUCCUAGCGUGGCCAAUCAGAGGGGACCAACACCACGAUGCCAAAUUGGUGGCGAGCUUUCUGAAAGUAGGGUAUCGCAUCCCUAUUCCUGACGAGAAAAUAUUAAUUAAGAAGGAAGAUAUAGUGAAGGGAAUCGAGAUGCUGGUAAGUGACGAGGACAUAAAACGACGAGCUUUGGAGCUGCGUGAGAAAUUUGGGCAUGGAUUUCCAACGAGUUCAGUUGCUGCUUUGGAUGCUUUUAGAGAUUUUGUUGCCCAAAAGCCAAAAGCAGCUUCUUGGUGAUCAGCUUGUUCUUGUUUGAUUGUUUGUUUGAUUUCUCACUUUUCUUCGAUGUAUCACUUAUCAGUGUAUAAUGAAUGUGUGUAAUUUUACUACACACGUCACACUUCUUACUACAAUUUGGAAUGUUAUGUGUUUGUUUAUAUCA